AGUUGGCGCACCAUAAAUAUCAGGUGCUGGAGGAUUGCUUGUAUUACAAGCUGAGUCAGGAUGCUGAUGUGAUGCAGGGCAAAGCAAGCGCAAUCAGCAUCCUACCACCAACACUGGCUGCAGCCGAAACUCUGGAUGCUGAGAUACUCGAAAUUGUGCUGCGGCAACUAUGGAUGCGCACGCUUAGAAAAAUGCUAAAAAUGGUGCUCGUCUGAAA